GGGAAACAGCACUGGUCUCACCUGAAAUAUCUUUCUUUGACUCAAGUUGGUUGGCUUUUUUCUAAGCUUGUUUAGACUUCCUUUAAAAACCUUCCUUGUCUGCCUGUGUCCUCUCUCCAACUAAAUACAUUUAUAUUAACACACAAAUUGUAUCUAUUUUUUGGUUCUAACACCAAAAGUUGUUGUUACUGUAAGAUUUAUUUUGUUCCUUUUCCUGUUCCACAUCCCGUUUUGACUUGUAUUUUCCAAAAAAAUCAUGUUAAUAUUAGCCACAAGUAUUUCAUCUGCUUAGUGCUUUCCAUCCUCAUUUUUCCCUUUCUGCUAAUUUAAAUAAAGUACUUACAUAUUUCUAGGACUGGUUUUGAUAGCUCCAUUCCAUGGAGAAGGAUGAGCCGCUACAUGUUGAAUAUUAAACCAUCAACAUUUCCUUGUUUUUAUUUUAUGUUUUCCCUGACUCUUUCCUCUUGCCACACACCACAUGUGUUCUAGGAGCACGAUUAAUGGCACAGCUCACCCCUUUCCCCUCCAGACAACCAGAACUGGCUUCUUACCUGGGCACACCAAGCAGGAGAAUUAACUCUUUUUUUGGCUGGCCAUGUGCAGUGUGACUUGUGUACUUUAGCUGCUGCUGGUGCUACUGCUGAGAUCACUCCAGAAUGACCCAGAUGGGGAAACCUCUGCCUUACAAAUUUUUAUGAUUUUUUCACAGCACUUCAUAAACAAGGGCAGCAUUCCUUAAGUGGUCUUUUUUCACUGCAUUGUGAUAAAAUAGCAUUAUAAAUUAAUCUGUAUAUGGAUGUAAUUUUAAGUGUACCUGUGUUUCUUUUUUCCAGAAAACCUCGUUGCAGAUUUUUUUGGUUUGCUGAACAUUCACACAUUUUCCUCUACCAUGACCAGUGCCACUUAUUAGCCAAUGUAUUGUGAACCUUUUGACAUGGCUCCAGGUGCUGAUCCCUGAAUACAAUAUUUCUGAAAAUUUAAAAGUGAAAACAAUCAGAGCCAAGAGAAAUCAGUUAGUGAGUGAAAGUCUCUGAAGGCAUAUGAACACAGAAGGUGAAAAAUGAAAACGUGAUGUUCUAACUACUUUCUCAAGCAAACUUGGAAUUAAAGAAUCUCUUUCCUCAGACCUGUGGCCCAAAACUUUUGCUAUGGCAUGUGUUACAGCCAAUUCUGUCCUGCUGAUAUUAAGCUUUUUCCAGUGUAAGACACUAUUUUCCACAAUCCUGGCAAGUGGACAAGAAGACAUAAAGGAUGCACUUAGACUACAUAAUAUUCUGUGGGCCACCAAGAAUGAUUCAAGAGUUAUUUUGUCUUGGAGCAAUAACCUGACAAAAGAAGAAACCAGGAAAUACACUGUGAAGUAUAUUUUGAUUUAUAAGUUCUUCAAUACCACUAAAGAAAAAAAAGAAAGACUGGAGGAGAAGGAAAAGAUAAUACAUCUUAAAUUACAUUCUGGUUUUAAUGCUAAGGUUAAGACACAACUUUUUGCAAAAGAAACAGAAGACAUAAUUAAGGAGAGUGACUGGACAGAAUUUACUUACAAGGCACCUCCAGUCUACAUUCAGAAUCUUUCGUGCAUCAUAUAUAACAUUUCUUUUUUCAAUUGCACCUGGAACAUUAAAGCAGAAGCUCCUGAAGAUAUCCAGAUCUUUACCUCAUACAGACAUGUAGGAAAAGUUUUUGCAUGCCAGAAAUAUAUAAAAAAUGCAAGUAACAAAAAUAUUGGCUGCAAUAUGAGAGAAAUACAUUUCCAACCAUCAAGGAAAAUAAAUUUAAAUAUAACUGUCAGAAAUUUGAAAAAUGGUUCAAGAGGACUGUCUUAUUACAAAGCUUUCACACCUCAGACAAUAGAGAAACUGAACCCACCAAUCAACGUCUCAGUUUCCCUUGAAAACAGAAGUAUUAAAAUUCACUGGAAACCUCCACCUACUAUUGGUUCAGCAAGGAAAAAGUGUUUUUUGUACCAAGUGAAAAUAACAGAUCAUAAGAUUGUAAAUGUCACUGCAGAGAACUAUAAGUAUUCAUUUCAUAAGCCAGAAAAAAAAUGUGCGGCACAAGUAAGGGUAAAGAAAGAGACUUGCAUAGCAAACAAGGUCUGGAGUGAAUGGAGUGAACCAGUAUUUAUUAACGAUGAAAAGAUGGUGGAUAUCCUGCUACUAAGCCUCUCAUUGCUUUGUCCUCUGGUUUUCCUUGGAGGUUUGAUGAUAUAUGCAUGUAGAAGGUAUAGAUGCCUGGAAGUUCUAACCACGCCUGUUCCACAUCCUUCAGAUCAUAUCAAAACGUGGUUAGCAGAUGAGACUCACCACCAGCAACAUAUGCCAAUGCAAAUGGAGAUGCACUCAGAGGUUACUCUUGGAACACUAGAAGAGAACAGAGAUGAGAACAUUCAACCACAGAAGUGUUUGAAGGAAUUUGUCUUAGAAGAUCUAUAGAGAUGAUAUGCUUUUUUUAUCUUAUUCAAGUGUACCUUUCCAUGAGGUAGACAAUAUUCUAACAGAUCAAAGAACAGCUGAUAUGGGAGUUUGUCUGAGACCAAUAACUUGAAGUACUUUGUGCUCUGACAACAUGCAACUCUUAAAAUUAGCUUUGGAUCACAAACAAAAAGCAGUAUCUUGCAGCUUGUCUCUAAAAAAACUGAUCUCCAGCCAAAUGAAAUUAGAGCAUCUCAGAAAAUAUGAGCUGAUGUUGACAUCCCCUUGGGUUAAAAUGAAAUUAGAAUUAGUGUUUCAUAAUGCUACAAUAGCUUCCAAGUACUGUCUGAUAGAUCAAGAGCUUUUGAAGAUUGGCUGUUCAUACAAAUCUCAUACUAGCUAUUAAACAUCUGAUUCAUGUGGUCAUGAGAAAUGGUGGAAGUAGUAAAUGUUUCUGGAAACAGCAAGAGGAUCUCACAAGUGUUCUCUAAAACUAAUAAAAAGAAAUUCCCUUUCUGAGUCACUGCAGUGUGUAAGCACACAUCAACCAGAAAGAAAAGCGUGAAGACAGGGUCUUUUAAUAUUGUGGGCUUUGCAGUUAGCAAUCUAAGUAAAACAAGAAAACUUUGGAUGAAGUAAAGUUUUCUGCUGUAUUGUGAGUGUUUAAAUAGGUUUAUCUCAGAGAAGUGAAAGUUCAGAACUGACCAAUUUUUGCUAUUUAUUUUUCCCUGUCUCUUUAAAGAAUCUUUCCUACUGAUUCCAUGAAGUGAUGAGCUAUGCUAGUCUGUUUUCAGGUACACAGUCAGGGAAGAGUUAUUCUAAUUCUUCGUUAGGACAGUGUUUAUUUGACUAGAAGAGAAUUAUUUGAUUUUGCAAGGAAGACAUUUCUUUUUUGAAGAUGGGAAAUACAAAUCAAUGAUGGACAUAAUUUUCUGGAAGGUUUGGAAGAUACCUAAAAAUUACUUGCUUUCUUUACUGGUAACAUUUUUCCAUGUCAGAAUAGUAAUUAUUGGAAGAAAUAAAAAUAUAAAAAUUUUGUUUGUGUUCUUGAAACAUAAAGUUUCCAAGAUAUA